AUGGAGGUACCGGUACCACGGGCGUCGUCCUCCCUCGCGACGACGAUCCUGCUGGCCACCGCGCUCUUCCUCGUGACGACGACCAUUCUCCGCCGUCGUGGCCACCGGCACCGACAAGCUCGCAAGCACAACGUCCCGCCGGGUCCUCGGCCGUGGUCGGUGAUCGGCAACCUGAACCUCCUAGGCGCCCUACCACACCGCACCAUCCACGAGCUCUCAGCGCGGUACGGCCCGCUCAUGUCCCUCCGCUUCGGCGCCUUCCCCGCCGUCGUCAGUUCCUCCGUCGAGGUGGCUGAGGUCCUCCUCAGGACGCAGGACCUGGCGUACCUCGACCGGCCCCGCAUGGCCUGCGGCAAGUACACCGUGUACAACUACUCCGGCAUGCUGUGGUCGCACUACGGCCCGUACUGGCGGCAGCUACGCAAGCUGUGGAUCACGGAGCUCCUCAGCGCGCGGCAGAUCCGGCUGACGGAGCGCGUCCGCGCCGAGGAGGUGCGCGCCAUGCUGCGCGACCUGCACCCGACGACCAUGGCCACGGCGGCGUCGACGUCCUCGUCGUCCUCCACCGGCCGCGCGCCGGUGGUGCUCAAGGAGCACCUGCUCAUGGUAACGCUGAACGUGAUCUCGCGCAUGGUGCUGGGCAAGAAGUACGUCGGCGAGCAGGGGCCCGGCGGCUCGGCCGCGGCGGCGGCGCCGGAGGAGUUCAGGUGGAUGAUCGAGGAGAUCUUCUUCCACAACGGCGCGCUGCACGUCGGGGACAUGGUGCCGUGGCUCAGCUGGCUGGACCCGCACGGGUACGUCGGCAGGAUGAAGCCGCUGGCCAAGAUGUUCGACCGGUUCAUCGAGCACGUGCUGCGCGAGCACGGCGACCGGCGGCGGCUGGAGGGCGACGCGUUCGUGCCCAGGGACAUUGUUGGAACUCAGGAUCACAAUCACAGCGCUAAGAUCAAAUCUGGCUAUCCUAACAGGAAGAAAAACGAAAGAACAGUGAUGAACGCAAUCCAGCAACUGUCAGAGGACAGUGCUAUUUUCCACAGAUGUAUUAUGACAGCACACACUGUUUACAACUGA